GAAGUGGGGCGGGGGAGGCUCUGUUUUUCAGAAAGUUGACAACCCUGGAGAACGAUUCCAGCCCCUCUCCGCUUGCGCUUUGCUGGGCUCAACGAGCCGGUCUCCUCUGCGCAGCCAGGCCCUGCCGCCGCCCUGCCCCUGCCCAGCCGCCCUGCCCCUGCCCGCUUGCAGCCAGCCCGGGGGACACGGGGCGCGGCCCCACAGUUAACCUGGCACAGCCACUUCUGCCCGGAUACCGAUGACGAGCGGCCGCUGCCUGCGUGCUGAUUGGAGGCUGGGGCAAAGGGCCAGCUGGGCGAUCGCACCUGCUCCCCGGUGCCCCUCCCAGUGCGGCGCCGGAGCCAUGCGCUGGCGGGGGCUGCUCCUGGCGCUCUGCGGGGCGGCGCUGGCUGCGGCCGCGGCCGGCGGGCGCCACAGCCUGAAUAUACUAGUCACAGGAGUCAUUGACGAAGAGGGGACCAAUCAGUACUUCAUGAUCGCCAAGCUGGAUGAUGUUAAGAUUGCGUACUACAGCAGCGACACGCGAGAGGUCAGAACCACCCAGGAGUGGGUGGCUCAGGCCGUGGGCUCUGACUAUCUCCGGGAAAAGACCCAGAAGUUCUGGAGGUACGAGGAGGGCUCUAAAGGUCAUACCAGAUGGUGGAUGCAGCUGCACAACCAGACGGGCGGGUUUCACACCGAGCAGGUUCACGUGGGCUGCGCUCUGAGCGGCCAGGCCCUCGUGGACCCGAGGUUCCAGUAUGCCUACGAUGGGAGGGACUUCAUCAGCUUUGACGACCAGACGGGGACGUGGGUCGCGGCCGAGCAGCCGGCCUUCCCUCAGAAGCAGAGCUGGGAGACGGGCAAGACGUGGACUCAGUACGUCCGGUGGUACCUGAAACAAGAGUGUCUGGACACCCUGCAGAGCCUGGUGCAGCAGGGAAGUGGGGUCCUGCGGCAGCAGGUGCCCCCCAAGGUCUCAGUUUCCCGCAGAGACGCCCCCGACGGCUCCAUCACCCUCUCCUGCCACACCAGGGGUUCUUACCCCCGUCCCAUCCACAUCUCCUGGAUGCGGGAUGGAAAAGACAUCCUGGUGGAGAAAGAGUCCAGCGGGAUCCUGCCCAACGCUGACGGCACCUACUACAUGCAGUCGUCUCUUGAGAUCUCCCUGCAGGAGGAGGACAGGCACCGCUAUGCCUGCCGGGUAGAGCACAGCAGCUUGGCAGAGCCUGCGCUUGUCUGGGCCCCGGGGAAGAAGGGCUCCCUGCCCCUCUGGGUCCUGGCCUCCAUCGCCCUGGUUGCGCUGGUUCUGGCUGGAGCCGUAGGAGCCAGCGUUAUCCUGUGGAGGAGAAAAUCAGCAGGUCCAUGGAGACCCAGCUACGCUCUGGCAGCCACAAAAAUUGGAGAAGUUUCUGCUUCCAGGUCUUCAUCGGGAACAGACAUCCAGAGCAUGGGAGCCCGGAGCUAGGUUCAGAGUGGCCCUGGCCAUUCAGUGAGGAAUUAUGGGAUGCCACCUCCAUCUGUGAGGCAAAUGGGCCCGCUUGAAAAAACUGAAUGCAAAAAUUGUGAUUUGUAGGAAGAAGACUCUUUGCUCUCAUCGAGCUCCAGUCUGAGAUGCCACCAGCUUUUCUGACACACAAAAAUCUGCUCCAAACUGAGCCACUGAGUCUCCAGAUAUCAGACGGUGGUUGGCUAGCGUGUCUGGGUGGAGCAGAACUUGCGGAAAGAUGAGGAUCUAUCCCUCUCUGGCUGUGGCUGAGGGGAUGUGGAACGGGUUUUUCCCUAUUUCUUUUCCAGUUCUAACUUUUUGCUGGCUUUUCAUUUUUAAGAAAUGAUUUCUGGGGACUGACACACGACCUCCAAUGUCUCAGAUACCUACAGACCUGCAGACUGUGUGGAUUUUUGGGUAACAAAGUGCGAUGAUGGGGGUUCCCCUAUCACAGUAGUGCUACCUCUCCCUUUCCUCAUGCUCUGGUCCAGGGGCAGCGCAUUAUGACAGAUGGGGGCAUUCCUGUCACCAUUUGCUAUGAGUGUGACAUUUCUAUUUUAAAUUUGGACACAAAUAAAGUACCUUUGUGAUUGGAAAA